UAUCAUCUGGCAAAUUAAUACAGGCUAUAAUACAGACUGAAUGUAUAUUUUUGGCUUGUCUUGGAUCAACCUCGUUGCUGUUUACAGUAGCAACAACAUGGCGGUCAUAUGUCGGUCUCUUUGGUUGGGGUUAGGCCACUGAUGAGGCUGAUUUUGUGACGUUAACAUGACUCUGAUUGACUUGAACUGGUGCAUUCACUGAUUCGUUCUCCUGAAGCAACAGGUUACUGGUACUGUACUUGCAAAGAGACACCAUGGGGACCAAGUGGAGAGAAGGAGUGGGGGCAGUACCCUCGGACCUGGGCUUCUGUCUUAAUCGCCUCUUUGACCCUUUAAACUAUGACCAUACUACCGUGGAGGAAUUUCUCAAAGGUUACAAAGAAAGGGACCUGAAAAAAGCAAAAUUAUACAAAAUAGCAUCAAAUAUGUUUGGUGUGCCACCUGGAGCUCGGAAAAGAAGAAUUUUAGCUCCGCCUAUGGAAAAGGCCCCAGUGGUCAACCGAAAAAUUGAAUCUGCACCAGAACUCUCUCUGCCAGAGAAGACAAAAACUAAAGAUAAAGGCACAAAAGAUUCAGAGGAAGCAGAAAUAGAAUAUGCCAUGCCAGAGCUUGCCAAGUAUAAAAAGUGGUUUAAAGAAAGAAAGGAAUUUAGAAUCACUUUAGAAUCCAUGGGUUUGAAUGAAGAAUGGCUGGUUAACAAACCUGACAAGACUCCUUUAGAGUACAGGAUGCUCCAGAGAUUUAUAGAUGCUAGGACACCAAAGCCACCUUCUCCUGAGCCUGUGAUAGAAGUAAAUCUAGAGGGUGAAUUGCCGGAAAAUUUGCCCUUGGUCCACCGCCCUGCACCUCUGGCUAUCAAAGCCAUAGAUGAGUUUUUACACAAGAAAAAUAUGAGACUCAUUGACUUGUUCAGGAAAGUCGACAAAGAUAAAAAUUGGAAAAUAUCAACACAGGAAUUUAGGAAGAUUAUAAAAGAGAACCACAUCCCCAUCUCUGAUAUCCUGCUGGAGGACUUAAUGCUGGCUCUGGACACUGACCUCAAUGAUGAGCUGGACUACAAGGAGCUGGCCAUGGGGCUUGACCAGUACAAGAUAGAGAGGAGAGAGUCACAGAAGAAGAUGGGGAGCAUAGAUAAAAUUUCCACAAUCAGCUCAACAACAGUAACCAAGUCCAAAGUGAGUGGGCCCAGGGGUGGGGCACCAGAUGGAGCUCCAGAGAGCGUAAAGGGGGUUCAGAUUGGGGGUUCUGAGGGUGGGAGGGGGAUCCAGGGAGCUGGUGAAGGGAGUAUUAAAGAAGCUGCUGAGAGCACACAGCCUGAGAUUACCGUCAGCUCACACAAGACACCGCAGCCCCCAUCACCACCUACUAAGACUGGAACUGCUAGCAGCAUGAGUAAUCCCAGUGCUAGUGCCCGGCCCAAGUCAGAACUGAGCACCAUCAGUCAGUCAAGAUCUCCGUCCCCGACAUCAUCCCUGCACCUGGAGCCUCCAGAGGCGGACCUGCGGCCAGAGCAAAUGAUAUUGUCCUCAGAGGAAGCCAUGUUGGACCUCAGGAAGAGAGACAGGGAGGCGCUUGCCAGAAUGAUGGGGAAGAAGCUGCCUAAGACUCCCAGUUUCAAGCAGCACCGGCAGACUACAGGAAAGGCAGCCCUGAUAAAGACUGGCAAUAAGGCCAUAGACGACCACUGCCGCCCCUCCACCCUGGAGGGUGAGACUGCAGACAUGGUGGACAGGUUCAGGCAACUCAAGGUGAAAGAGUACCAUGAGAUUCUCAGGGUGUGUCAGAAGAACCAUGUGCCACUGGCAGAAAGCUUAUUAGAAAGGGUUCUCUUCCAUCCACCUGACAAACCACAUUCCCUCUUGAAAAAGAAAAUCCGCCAGCCGGGUGUGGAUCUGCUGGUUUCUUCCCACUAUGCAGACCCUCCCAAGAAACCAAAGACUCCCAUGCAAAUCAAGCACAAGGACAAGAUGAUACUGUCCAAGACAGGCCAGCUCCUGAUAGACAGCAGACACAUGUACCCACAGCAUGAAAAGGUGGCGCCAGCGGGCCACAAGAUCAACCUGUCCACAGGGAGGGCAGUGGUCAGGCGGAGAGUGGACUGCUGGAUGUCAUUUGAGGAGUAUGACAGGUUAACGAGUAAAUUUGCUGUGCGCUACAAGCAGCUCCAUGGCAACAUUGAUGACAAUGCCUUUUGGCCUGGUCAUCUUCUGGACAAGAUACGCCUCUGCAUGCCACCUUACGACAACCCACAGCACGAGCCAGGGGCACGCAGCAUGUUCAGAAACACAACAACAGGUGAACUGCGUACUAAUCAUGGUUACGACAAUGACUUGAACUUAUGGCCAGUUAAUGACAGUGGCUGCAUUCAGAUGGGCAUGUACGACCCAUAUAAAAAUAAACCUUUGUGGAACGUAUGAAUGUGAUACUUUCAUUAAAAUGCUAACUGUGGUGGCAGCAUUGGAAUGGCUAGUAACAUGUUGUGGUAGGGUUCAAUAGUGGAAGCUAUCCAAAAAGUAUCUGUCAGUAGUUAUACUAAAAUGUAAAUUAAAACAUUUGUCUCAUUAAGUGUCUGGUACAAGCUUCAUAUAAGAGUUUUUUUUUUUUUUUUUUUUUUU